CAUUUGCUGGGUAGGACAGUGUGCCGUAAGGUCUCCUCAUCCUUUUUUAAAUAAAUGACAUCCAAUCUUGCGGACUGCUAGUGGGCCUAUACAAGCAGCACCUCCGUGGACAUGUCGUGGGCAGGUUAGCACACUGUCGGAUGUUGCGUCCAGCCCGUGGAUGCUCGCUGGUCAUGAUGAGACGCACUGCUGCAUGCACUGGGCGCAUUUCAUUUUGACAUCAAGUCAAUCCUGCUGAAUAAGGUGUAUUUCGUGGACGCAGGCUUCCUGUCUUCUCUUGGAUUGUGGAUUAGAAGAAGCCUUCAAAACGGAGGGGGUGGUGGAGCAUCGAGGAAAAAACAGGGGCAAUAUGAGAGAACGGGACUUCAUGCCCAAUAUGGAGCGGGGCAAACCUGCUACUUAUACAGGGGACAAAAAGGCUAAGAUGGCUGCGAAGACUAACAAGAAGUGGGUGAGACUAGCCACUGUCUUUGCUUAUGUACUGUCCGUGUCCUUAGCGGCCAUUAUCCUGGCAAUUUACUACAGCCUCAUCUGGAAGCCCACCAGCGCAUCGUCUGCAUCGUCGGGCAAGCCGGGGACGCCGGAGGGGGUCACGGCUCCCCCGCCGAACAUCACCGCUAACAAUGUGACCGAGUGGAACUCCACGCAGCUGUCCGUCAACCACACGGCGAGGCAGAGCUCGACCCCGCACAGCAGGGCUUUCCAGUGGGAUCACACCGAGGAGAGCGACGCUGUUGCGGAUGGACUUUACGCAUCGCCCCGCGGUGCCACGCAGAGAUCGCGCACUGUGGAAAGAGAGACGCGAGAGGGGCACCACGCGGAGGAAGAAGAAGAAGAAGACGAGGAGGCUCAGCAGGAAGCCCCCAGGCCAGGAGAAGGACAGGAACAUGAUCCGGACCGGGUGGCUUCCGAUGCACCCACUGUGCCACCGAGACCCAUCGGGACGAGAGCUGCUUGACCGGGCCUCUUAGAGUCCUGGAAAAGUAAUCCAACAAGUAGGCCUUGUAUUUUGCAGACAGCCGCUGGUCGGACAAAACACAUCACUCAUUCGUCAACGUUGACCUCCACUUUGGAUCUGCUACUAUGACCGAUAAACAUGGUGGCCACCAAACUAUGCUGUUUUUCUUUAGUUCUUUUUUUUCAGUUUUAGGCCGUUUGUAUGCCUUAAACCCCUGUUGGACUGUUUCAAGGACCCUCUCUAUGGAUAGACGCCACAGGUAAAGAUAGGACGGGAGUCACUUUGGGUUUGGACAUGCUUCCCUUCCCUUCACUUCCAUUCAUGAGCUCGCCACUGGCUUGUUGCAUUUUGACAUAUAGGCUAUAUUUACUUUUCAUGGAUCAAGCCUGGAUUUCAAGUAGAGGAACUUGCUUUGUUGAGUUAUGCUCAGGUAUGUGCAUAUAACUACUGUCAAAGUAUUGUGCUAUUGGUUAUGUACAUAAUAUAGAAGCGGGCAGACACCUUUUUUUGGCCGUGAUGAACUUAAAAAUGUAAUUAGAGGAUUUUUAUUAAUGAUACCUUAUGUAUAAUAGGUAUAAGUAUAUCCCAAAUAUACAAAUAAACAACCAAAAUGAUCAAAUUCUAUGGUUUGAUGGAAAUAAUUUCAUGUAUUGAUUCAAUUAGAUUCAUUUUGACAAGGGAUGCUCAGAUUAUUAUUGGCACAUUUCUGUGAAAUAUCAGUGCCGCUCACAAAAGACAAUUACCUGUGGCUAGUACUGUCGCAGCCUACAGUGUAUGUAGUGUCUUUCCACAAUUAACGUCUUGGUUAACGUCUCGGGUAGCGUUCUCCUCCCACUGUUCUUCUCAGUGCACAGGCGUGCUCUUUUGGCGGUGAUGAACUUAAAAAUGUAAUUAGAGGAUUUUUAUUAACAAUACCUUAUAUAUAAUAGGUGUAAGAAUAUCCCAAAUAUACAAAUAAACAACCAAAAUUAUGAAAUUCUAUGG